AUGAAUGAGUCUCUUCGGGAGUUUGGCAGGAGUGUAAAUGAGGUAAGUGAUUUGGUGGCAGUGUUGCGAGAGAUGUUGGGACAAGAGUUGGAAGGGGUAGAUGAGAUAGUGAAUGGGAUUUGGGAGGAUAGUAGUGAGGGAGAUGUCGACCCCAUCAAGAAGCUCCCAGGAGUAUUACACGCUGAUAGAUGCCUAAAUAAGGCAAAAGAACCUUCUAAGAAAGUCCUUGUCACUUUCCAAGGCAAAAGGCCCCCUUUCGUAGACAUCCCGACAUGGGGGAAAUACUACACCGAGGUUUUCACGCCUGAACCCUUAAGAUGUUUUAAGUGCCAGAGAUUUGGCCAUCACCAGCAGGAGUGCACAGCUAAGCCUAUAUGCGGUGUUUGCAGUGGGAAGCACCCAACAAGGGACUGCAUCGAUAAGCACAAAAAGAAGGAGGCAACAACAGCCAGAUGCCCUAACUGCCACAAGGGGCACCAUGCAUGGUACAAGGGCUGCAUGGAAAGACUGAAAAGAAUAUGGAAUAUGAAAGGAUCCCAUCCCCCAACCACAGCACAACCGAAUCACACACAAUACACAUCACACUCACAACCACCUACCACACAGCAAGAACCCCAAAGAGAGCUCGCCAAACAAUGGCAGCAAGCAACACAACAACACACACACAAACCACCACAAUCACAUAGACCCCAACACUACCAGCAAACACAUAAAACAGGACAAUCACAAAAAACCCAACACCACCAGCCACCUACACAGAAACAGCAAGCAACCCCAACGACGCCCCACGAAAACCGCGACCCCAGACUCACAGAAGGCACACUAUACACACAGAGAAACACGCAAGUCCCAAAUGCCAGACCCACUUCCUUCCUACCCUACUCCACACCAAAACAGCCACUGCUCCCCACCCCAGCCAUUCCUCCCAACAUGCCCUCUUCCUCCCACCCCGUUCAUGAGAGUAACACCCGUACCGGUAGUCAGGGAUACACAGUAUACAAAACCCCACACACAAAUGAAAACAGAGGUUUAAUCACCCUGGUGAAAGCAACAAUUCCAUCAGAGAAAAUAAGAAACAUAGACUGUGGGCAAGGCAUUGAAACGCUGAGCAUCCAGAUAAGACUAGAAAAUACCUCACUAGUCAUUCACAACAUAUACAAAGGCCAUGACAAAAUCCUUGAAGGAGAAAACCUCUUCAGUGCUGCCUCCAGAGAAAACACAUUCUUUGCAGGAGACUUCAAUGCUCAUCAUCCAUGCCUACGAUCCCAACAACAUACAAAUGCAGCAGGCAGGCACAUACAUCUGCUCCUGGAAGAAUUUCCUGAAGUGGCACUGCUAAAUGACACAAACGAAGCUACUCACCUCCGAGGAGGUAGACUGGACCUGAGCUUCGUAUCCCAAAACCUGAAGGAAGAAUGUGCAUGGAAAGUGCACCCAAUACUAACCAGCGACCACUUUGCAACUGAAACCAGCAUAAAAAUAACAAAAAUUCCCCCUCCACCACCCCCGCCAGCAGGAUGGAGACCGGACCUGGCAAACUGGCCCACUUUUGAAAACCGAAUGACUGAGUGGGCAACACAGUACCUCCAAACUCCGGCCCAAAACAUAAACACACCUCAAGAGGACUUUGUGAGUAGCCUGCAUAAUGCAGCAAACAACAUGCCUAAGACUUUUACCACUAACCAAACCCCCCACAAGGACAGCUGGUACUACAACACAAGAAUAAAGGAAAUGAACUCAAGAGUAAAUAGAACAAGAAAGCUCUUCAGACGCAAUCCCACUGAUGAGAUGCAUGCUCUCCUAAGAGAAGUUAUAAACCAUGCAACACAAACUGCCAAAGAAGUGAAGCAAGAAACCUGGCUUAAAUGGUGCUCACAGACACCCGACUUACUCCCAUUGCAAAAAUGUUCAAAUGGUUCAACAAAAUAUCAGGAAAAUCCAAGAUAA